AUGGGAAACGCUUGCUCAGACUGCGGCUCGGCCAGCAAGGCCGACCUGAAGACGCCGAAUAUAAAAACAGUCACCAAGGUCCUCGAGGAUGGAUCAACCUACAAGGGUGAAACAAAAGGUACUUGUCAGUUGCUUCUUUUUACACGCAAAUGGUGGAGGUAGGCUACUCCUGGUUCACUCCUAUUUGACAAGCACAGGCUUAGAGAAAAGUAAGUUUCCUUAUUCGUGGGUACCUCCGCACAAGUCACAAGCUAGAGCACUCAUUGUAUAACAUCAAUCUAUCCUCACCUACAAACAACCACUCUCCUACUCAGAUGGCAUCGUAAGACACGGAAAGGGUGUCUACACCUACCCAGAUGGAAGGACGUCUUACGAGGGUGACUGGGUCGACGGCAAGGCCCAUGGUGUUGGAACAUUCAAGGAUGGAGAGUCAGAGUAAUUCAUUUUCAUUUUGUUUUGUGUCGGAAGAGCCUUCAAGGCUAUGGGUAGUCAGGGUAAAAAUUGAAAUUUUUGUUUUGCUUUUGGUUCAAAAGAUGCUUUGGUGAGUACAUAGACGAUGCGUGAGGUGCAGUGAUUGUCACCGAAGUAGUACCCUCUUGGUUGUCUGAAAUUAGUACCCUCCAUUAGAUCGCAAAAUUCCACAACAACCACAGGUACGUAGGUCAGUGGGAGGAUGAUUUCAAGCACGGCCAGGGUACAGAGACCUGGAUCAACGACGGCUCAAGCUAUGUGGGUCAGUACAAAUACGGAAAGAAGGAGGGCAAGGGAAAAUACACAUGGCACGAUGGGAGCUAUUAUGAAGGUACUGUGUUGUUGGUUGUUCACUUGGUGCUCGAUGUGCAGGAUUCACAACCUAACCCAACCUCACUUUCUAUUGGAGCACCAGCUCCUCGCAUCACUUUGGAAAGAUUUCUUGGUGCAUCAAUGUCGUAGAAAGAAGCUUUGAUAUUAUCCUCUCUCUCUUUCACUCAUCCAUGCUUUCACACUCACCAAUGCAUCUCUGUCGUCCAUCACGAAGUAAGGUCAUGCACCACCACCCAUCACCACCUACCUCUCAUCGCAACCAUUCAAGGUAACUUCGUCGCGGACAACAUUGAGGGUAAUGGUACCUAUUACUCGCACUCCUGCACAUUUACUGGCGCCUUCAAGGAUAAUGUGAAGCACGGCUAUGGGAGAUACGAGUGGGCAGAUGGAAAGGUCUAUGAGGGUUACUUUUUCAAGGACCGCAAGCAUGGAACUGGUACUAUUAUGUCCUCUGAUUAUAGAAAUUUAGGUAUGAAGAUUUUCUGGGGUAGUUGACCACGAUUUCUUUUGUUUGUGGCUUGAUGUAAUUCUAAUUCAAUCAUUAAAAGAUUGAAUGUUGAAAUGAAAGAGGACAGCUAUCCUAUCCUAUCUCAUCCUAUCCUCCGGCUAUCAAUCACCCCUAUCAAUCACCACCACCAACAUGUCACUUGCAAAAUUUUUGAUUUUAUCUCGUUUUAAUUCAAUUUUAAUCCAUGUGAGCACAAUUGCACGCAUAUUGAAUAGAAGAUGCGAAUUUUCAAAAUUUUUGAUUUUAUCUCGUUUUAAUUCAAUUUUAAUCCAUAUGAGCCCGGUUGCAUCCAGAUGAACCAAAUGGGAAACCACUUCUCACUUAGUAACGUAAAAGUGUCACAACUAGAUUAUUCUGGGAUUGUUAUUUUUGAUGAUUCGUUUAAAGCUAGAUCGUAUGGAAUGUUAGCUAUCUAGUUUGGUUUGAGACAUUGGUCAAGCCUAUCUAGCUCGAUGUAAGAUGGUACGAUCACAUUUCCUCUCUAGUUUGGUCUAUCCUAUCAGAUCCUAUCCUAUCCUAUCCUAUCCUAUCCUAUCCUAUCCUAUCCUAUCCUAUCCCAUCCUGUAUCCUAUCCUGUAUCCUGUCCUAUCCUGUAUCCUGUCCUAUCCUGUAUCCUGUCCUAUCCUAUCCUAUCCUAUCCUAUCUCAUUAUAUCCUACGGCUAUCAAUCACCCCAUCCAAUCGCAAAUCCAUUACCACCACCAACAUGUCACUUACAGGCACCAUGACCUGGCCGGAUGGCUAUGCUUACAUCGGACCCUGGGAAGAAGGUGUGCAGCACGGAAAGGGCGUUAUCAAAGAACCCGAUGGAACCGAGGAGAAGUGCGAGUUCGAACGCGGUACGCAGAUCGCCUAAGAGAGUCUUUGUCAUUAGGAUGAAGAUAGACUCGUAGUGUAAUGAAAAUGUAAGUAAAUGAAGAACGGGGCCUAGUCGUGCUUGUUGUAUGAGUUGUUUCAGUUUAUUGACGUCCAGUACCAACUUAGUAGAGACACACAAUAGCCUCACUUUGCUAGAUGUUGGAAUUCUCAACCAUCGAACAUGAAUUACAAUCAAAACAAACCAUAGAAUGCAGGAGCGUAAUUCAUCAAUACAAUAAGUUAGCCUAGCAGCGAAGACACCAAGAAAAAUAAGCCGAAACAUCAAUUGAGAGACACUUCGACAUAGAGUUAGAAUACAUCGCAACAUCAAAAACAGAGUAAGCACUAACGCAUAUUUUCAAAAAAGAUAUGUCUGCAACGGCGCUAAAAACACAUCGAAAUGGAUCGUGAAGAAGACCUCUCUCUCAGCGAGCAGUCAUGUACUCGCAUCACUAAAUUUUGAUUUUUGUAUAAAAAAUUGACGGGAGGUCGUUCUGUAUCAUGUUCAUUGUCACACAUUUAGUAGUUCUUAUCAACCAUUUAGAAUCUUAUCCUGUAUCGAAAAAGGCACACACAGAAACAGAUAUUCGAAAAUCGCUCCGAAUGCGGGCGUUACGACUCACAUUGACUUUUACAGCUUUGUACCUAGCAUACUUGUUCAACUUCUUCAUGAAUGGUCUAGCAACUUAAUGUCGUCGUCAACAGCCUACUCUUAGGAGGAGGAAUUUUGUGUUCACUCGAUUCGACAAAAGCGAGUUGGAU